AAACUGUUUUUGUUAUGGCAUCAAAAGUUCAAUUAUGUCAAAGAUAGAUUGGAGGUCCAAUCUGUAAUGUGUUCCAUAUAAUAAUUGUUUUGGCAGAGAUGGAAAGACUUGAUUACAACAGGAAAAAUUGUUCAAUUCUUAAGAAUACAAGAUGAGGUAUGUAAGCCUCUCAACCUCAUGUUCUGGCCAACAGAAAGCCUCAUGAUGAGGUGUAAGUAAACUUCCUUGAUGUUUCUCCAAAGCAUUAAGAUAUUAAGCUACAAUAUGCUGCAGGUAUGCUAUUUUUCUGCUUUGAUUGUUUAUUCUGAUUUGUAUUUGCAGAUACGGGUAUAUUGUAGGUAUACUAUUUGAAAUUGUGUUCUGACUUCUAGUAGGGGCAUUACUUAUGCUUUUUGCAUUGGAGUAAGAUGUAGUUUCUUAUUUGUGGUAUUAACCAACUAAUAAAAGAUGCCAAAUAUGAACAUUAAGCACAAGAUGGGGGAUUUAAUGAUUGUGUGUUGUAUAAGGGGUAUUAAGGUGCCUAUAUAAGUUGUGUUUGUGUGCUUAAGCCUGUAUUAAGGGGUAUUAAGGUGUUUAUAAUCUAUAUUAAGAUGUCAAUGUAAUCUUAUUUUGUUAUGUUUAAUUGAGUCCUAUUUAGCAGACCCUGUUACUGAUAGUUCAGAAUUCCCAGGGUGUUCUUGAUUAUUACUACAAAAUUGAGAGUGCAAAUAUGGAAUUUGCUGACAGUAUUUUAGAGGAAGUUGAAUUUUCUAGGAUACUUGCUUUGUUUAAGUGUUAUAGAAUUUCAGUUGAUUUAAUCUGUUUUAGAGGAUUGUGGUGGGAAUUAAAACAGGGGAAUCAGUAUAGAGAUUUCUGGCUUGAAAGUUUUGAGAUUUGGAAGUGAAGGAAUACUAGAGUGAAACGAAACAAUUUUCACUAUGCACAGCAUCAUUAUUUGUUACUGCUCUAGGUAUAUAACCUGCUAGUGUGAAGUAACUUGGAAGUAGCUAUUCUAAUCUGAGGUGUGUAUGUUAUAUGUGCCAUUUAGAGAAUUAGAGGUUUCCUGACCUCUAUACUAUAGUAUGAUAUAUGUUCUUUUACACUGACCUCUAUAGAAUUAGAAGUUUUAUGAGUUUUCUUUUUUUUUUUUGACAAAUUUUAUGAGAUGUUAAUAGUAGUGACUUUACUCCCAACAUAUAUAUUAAUAUAUAUAGCCUUUCAUUUCAAAGUUCAAAGUAGAUAAUCUAAUUUUGCCACCAAAGAUCUAUUAAGAAGCCUCGGAAUGGAGACCUUUUUUGUUUGGGGCGUUGUUGGCUAUGGUUAGAUUGAUUUCUACCUUUGCUCGCAAGCUUUUAUACUAGCAUAAAUGGUGAUGCCAUUAUUUUGGAUGUCUUCCUCGGGCAACCUGAUUUUUUCAUUUCAUUUCUUCUUUUCAAGGUUUUGAUUACUCUUGGUCUCCCUUACGACAGACAAAGUUGUGCAAGGAUCUAGAAAGCGAAAUAUGGUAACUGCAUUUUGCGGCGGCGGUGAUGUACCUCCGAAAUAUAUAUGACAGGGAUUUGACGACACAAAUAACUAUAAUGGCAGAAAGAAUCUCUAGUGCAAGUUGGAGCAAUGCUUCUAAUAUUUUGAUGAAUCACGACUUCUCUGAUGGCCUGAACUAUUGGUAUCUCAAUUGCUGCAAUGGCUACGUGAUUUCGGCCAGUGCCGGUGAUCAAGGUGGAAUUUCAAUGGACUCGGAUCAAAAUUAUACUGUUAUCACCGAACGAAACGAAUGCUGGCAAGGUCUUGGGCAAGAUAUAACGGACAGAAUUUCCAUUGGUUUCACUUACACGGUUUCAGCUUUUGUUGGAGUAUCUGGCCCUUCACAGGAAUCUGCUGAAGUAAAAGCUACACUGAAACUAGAAUAUGAUGAUUCAGCUACACAAUAUUUGUUCAUCGGAAGAACUUCAGUUGUAAAGGGUAGCUGGGAAAAGUUGGAAGCAACAUUUUCGCUGUCUACUGUCCCGAAUCGGGCUGUAUUUUAUUUGGAAGGACCUGCUCCUGGAGUUGACUUGCUUAUAAAAUCAGUAGUGAUCAAUUGUUCCAGUCCAAAUAACAAAAAGGCCACACACACAGAAGGAUGUGUUUCUACUGAAGAUGAAAACAUCAUAAUAAACCCUCAAUUUGAGGAUGCCCUGAAUAAUUGGUUUGGAAGAUCCUGCAAGAUUGUGUUGACUGAUUCCAUGGCAAAUGGUAAAAUUGUCCCAAAGUUUGGAAAAUUCUUUGCAAGCGCAGCAGAACGAACACAAGCCUGGAAUGGAAUUCAGCAGGAGAUAACUGGACGCGUGCAGCGCAAGUUGGCCUAUGAGAUGACUGCUUUAGUUCGGAUAUAUGGCAACAAUGUCACUAGUGCUGAUGUAAAGGCUACUUUGUGGGUUCAAACACCAGAUCUCCGAGAGCAGUAUAUAGGCAUUGCAAAUGUGCAGGCAACAGAUACAGAUUGGGUGACGCUGCAGGGGAAAUUCCUUCUAAAUGGUUCAUCAUCAAAAGUGGUCCUUUAUUUAGAGGGCCCUCCACCUGGAACAGACAUUCUUGUCAAUACUUUGGUUGUAAAACAUGCUGCUAAAGCAACUCCUUCAACACCACUUAACAAUGUUGCUUUUGGAGUCAAUAUAAUUGAGAACAGCAAUCUGUUAGAUGACACCAGUGGAUGGUUUACCCUAGGCGAUUGUACUUUAACUGUUAAAACUGAAUCGCCUCUUAUAGUUCCACCUAUAGCAAGAGACUCUCUUGGACGUCACGAAACCCUAAGUGGUCACUACUUACUUGUAACGAAUAGAGCACAAACUUGGAAUGGUCCUGCUCAGGUGAUCACUGAGAAAUUGAAGCUAUUUGUGACUUACCAAGUAUCUGCUUGGGUCCGGAUUGGUUCUGGUUCAAAUAGGCAACAGAAUGUGAAUGUUGCCAUUAGUGCUGACAACCAGUGGAUCAAUGGAGGACAAACCGAGGUUUCAGAUAAUAGGUGGCAUGACCUUAAUGGGUCAUUCAGAAUUGAGAAGCAGCCGUCAAAGGUUACGGUUUACAUUCAAGGUCCUGCUUCAGGUAUCGACUUGAUGGUUGCUGGACUUCAGAUUUUCCCUGUUGAUAGGCAGGCAAGGUUUACAUAUUUGAAGACGCAAACAGACAAGAUUCGGAAGCGUGAAGUUACACUAAAAUUCUCUGGGCUAGACUCUAGCAGCUACCCUAACACCACAGUGAACGUUACACAAACACGGAACGAUUUCCAGAUUGGAACAUGCAUCAGCAGAUCAAACAUUGACAAUGAAGAUUUUGUUAACUUCCUUGUGAAACACUUCAAUUGGGCUGUAUUUAGAAAUGAGUUGACGUGGGAAGUGACUGAGCCACAAAAAGGGAUAUUGAAUUACAAGGAUGCUGAUGAUCUUUUAAGCCUGUGUCAAAAGUACAAUAUCCAAACUCGUGGGCAUUGCAUCUUCUGGGAAAUGGAUAAAAGUGUUCAGCAAUGGAUUAAGUCACUGAAUAAAAAAGAUUUGAUGACGGCUGUUCAAAACCGUUUAACCGGUCUUCUGACUCGCUACAAGGGUAAGUUCAAUCACUAUGAUGUUAACAAUGAAAUGCUGCAUGGUUCAUUUUACCAAGAUAGGUUAGGCAAAGAUAUAAGGGCAAACAUGUUCAAGACUGCACACCAACUGGACUCGUCUGCUACAUUAUUUGUGAAUGAUUAUCAUAUUGAAGAUGGAUGCGACACAACAUCAUGUCCUGAGAAAUACAUUCAACACAUUCUGGAUUUGCUAAAACAAGAUGCACCCGUUGGUGGAAUUGGAAUUCAAGGUCAUAUAAAUAGUCCAAUUGGGCCUAUUGUUCAUUCUUCGCUUGAUAAAUUAGGUGUUUUUGGUUUACCUAUAUGGUUUACAGAACUUGAUGUGUCUUCGAUGAAUGAACAUGUGAGAGCUGAUGAUCUUGAAGUUAUGCUCAGAGAAGCUUAUGCUCACCCUGCUGUUGAAGGGAUAAUGUUAUGGGGAUUUUGGGAGUUGCUUAUGUGUAGGGAAAAUGCACAUUUGGUGAAUGCUGAAGGUGACAUUAAUGAAGCUGGAAAAAGGUUUCUAGCUUUAAAACAAGAGUGGCUAUCGCAUACUCAUGGUCAUGUCGAUGAGGAAGGUCAUUUCAAAUUUAAAGGUUUUUAUGGAACUUAUGAUGUGGAAAUUGUUACACCAUCGAAGAAAAUUGCCAAGUCAUUUGUGCUUUAUAAAGGCGACAAUUCAUUGGUUGUACCUAUUAAUUUAUAAGCAAAUAGUAUAUCGCUUUGAAAAAAAUAAUGUGACUUUUUUUUAUCAUUGGAUUUGAUGAAACACAAUGGCGAUGUAUACUGUAUGUAUUGUUGUCUCUACUGUGUCCUGCUUCUGCAUGCUACUAUUACAUAAAUAUGGUUUUGUUUCUGCGUCAUUUUAAUUAGCACUUUGGCAAUUAAAUUAAAUAUUAAAUAAAGGUAAAUAUUUAAUUGCCAAAGUGAUAGAUCAUAGAUAUUUACUUGUUGGUGGCUUGGUGCUAAGGAUUGUUUCCGCAAGAACUUGUGUUCUCUAAAAUGGUUUUUCUUUCAUUAAUUACAUUUGAGCACACCCACUUGAUUAAUUUUUAUGUUUUGACAAACUUGAUUACUUCUUGUUGUUGGUAUUCUAAUUGGUAUUUUACAUGGUAAUGUUUAUCCACAGACAAAAAAAAA